AUGAAAACAUUAUCGCCUCAUUUUAUCGCAUUUCUUUCAUUCUUUCCUUCUUUCUUUCUUUUUUUCUUUCUUUCUUUCUUUAUUUAUUUCCUUCUUUCUUCUUUCUUUCCUUCUUUCUUUCUUUCCUUCUUUCCUUCUUUCCUUCUUUCUUUCUUUCUUUCCUUCUUUCUUUCCUUCUUUCUUUCUUUCUUUCUUUAUGUAUUUCCUUAUUUCCUUCUUUCUUUCUUUCUUUAUUUCCUUCUUUCCUUCUUUAUUUCUUUCUUUCCUUCUUUCUUUCUUUCCUUCUUUCCUUCUUUCUUUCUUUCCUUCUUUCUUUCUAUCUUUCUUUCUUUCAUUCAUAUUAUUAUUAUUUUCUUUAUCUCUCUGUCCGUGUAUCCCUAUCUAUCUAUCUAUCUAUCUAUCUAUCUAUCUAUCUAUCUAUCUUCUUUUCGUCCUUUACCUAUCUAUCUAUCUUCUAUGCUGUGUUUCGCUACCCCCGGGUAG